UUUCACAGUCUUUACCAAGCUCUUCUUCUAGUGCUUGAUACCUAGAUAUUUUUCAUUCCUCCUCAUCUCUUCUCUUCCGACGUCUUAUUCACAUCUUCUCGAUCUACCAGAGUCACAUAUAUCAAAUUCCCAGAAAAUCGUCAAGAUGCGUUUGCAACUCGCCUUGGCUAUGCUAUUUGCCUUGAUGGUAACAGCAUCACCGAUCACCGAACUUCUUCAUCGUAUCAAGCGCCAAAUCGUUCAAACCUACAAUGUCACUCAAGUCACCUAUAAUUCCAAAGGGAAACCAGUUGCAACAACCAUUCUUCGUGUUACCACAACCGUCUAUCCUUCCACUACCUUGGCACCAGUUCCAACUGCAACUCCCACAGACUAUGUUUCGACUGCUUUGUAUCACCACAAUAUUCAUCGUGCCAAUCAUUCUGUUCCUCUUCUUAGAUGGAAUACAAGCCUUGUUGCAUCCGCUCAGGUUCUUGCUGCAACAUGCAAGUGGGGUCACAGCAUGUGAGUACUUUUCUGGGUCACCUGGUGUUACCAAGACUAAUACCCCUUUAGGAACAUUAAUGGCGGUGGAUAUGGACAAAACAUUGCUGCAUACGGUUCCACUAAUGCUAAGGCUCUUGGUGCUAAUAAGGAAAUGGCUGUCGCUGCUACAAACAUGUGGUACAAUGGAGAACAACCUCUAUACCUUCCUUCCUAUUAUGGUCAGAAUAAUCCCGACUUGACCACUUUUGAAAAGUGGGGUCAUUUCACUCAGAUGGUUUGGCUCGCUACCAGUUCUGUUGGUUGUGCUACCCAACUUUGUGAACCUAUGGAUAUUUGGCCAAAUAUGCCAGCUUGGUAUACUGUCUGCAACUAUUAUCCACCAGGUUUGUUCUUCAUUUUACCUUUUUAUUUAUAUCUUUUUGCUAACCCUUUGGUUAGGAAACAUGGGCGGUCAAUAUGGCGUCAAUGUCUUCCCACCACUUCGACACCCUUCUGUCAACGUCGUCAAUGCUUAAGCAAUUGACCUGAUUUGAUUUUGAUUUUGCACAAUGACCAUUCUUCGACCUUUCAUCUUCGACAAACUCAAUGCAAUCGUUUCAAUACUCACGUGUCCACGACAAUUUUUUCCUGUGUCUUAUCGAGAAUUAAGCACCCCGUUACAUGUUUACAUGAAUCUACGUCUACGUUUCAAUUUUUCGCACACCACAAAGUAACCUAAGGCUCAUCACCUAUCUCUUUACUGCGCUCUUUGGUUCAACUAGCUUUUUCGUCGGUCCUUUUCGUUAAGUCUAUCUUGCAUCGAUUCGACGCCGAUCUAUUUAUCUAUUAUAUCUCGGGAGCUUUCAAUAUUCAACAUUCAACAUCUGGCAUGUUUCGCUUGUUCGGUUCGCUCUUUUUCGCCUCAUUCUCAGUCUCAAUCGGUCUCGAUCUUACAAUUACCGUCCAUACACUUUAUGGGCAGUAUUCGCAGAUAUAGAUAAUUAGAUAGUUAGAUAGUUAGAUGGAUAAAUAGAUAGAUAGAUAGAUUAGAUCCGCUCAAGAUAUCUUUUCUCUUC